AUGACUCUAGCUCCGAUUACGGGUAAACUUCGCAAAAGGCUUAUAUUUGACAUCUCCGCUGCUUUAGGUUUGGGCACUGUUUCUGCAUAUGCCUAUUGGUACGGGAUCCAUAUUCCUGCUGUUCGUAAAAGAGAUUUCUUUUACGCAAAACUUGCUCAAGAAAA